UUUUGCUUCUUUAAAGCCGUUGCGGAUUCGCUAACUUGCAUGAUGUUGAUUCGUAAAUAAUGUCUGACGCUGCUUUAGAGGAAGUUUCAGUGUUGUCGUCCAUUUACUGCGGCGAAGGAGAGUUCCAACUCAUCCAGCAGUCUGCUCAGGAUGGGCUCAUGGUCCAAAUCAACACCGCUGUCGGAGGAGAAAGAGGGCUGGACGUGAGACUGCUGUUCCAUCUGCAGCCCAGCUACCCUUCCUGUCCCCCCGCCAUCUCCGUCUCUUCCACUGCUCUCUCUAGGACUCAGUGUCACAACGUCAGACAGACGCUGCUGGAUCAGGCUGCAGCUCUUCCUCCAGAACCAAUGGUCCAUCAGCUGGUGGAGUGGUUGCAGUGUGUGGAGGUGACGGAGAAGUGCAGAGGGGGUGAGGAGGAGGUGAAAGAGACAGACAGAGAGGAGGAGUGGACGGCAGUGCUGUCGUUAGACCACAUCCGAUCUCGGAGUCGCUACAUCGGUCUGCUGGAGCGCUGGAGCCAGACGCUGCAGCUCACCGGGAGCUUACUACUGGGACCCAGUAUACUGGUGGUUCUGCAGGGAGCCAGACCCAAAAUCAAGGAGUUCUGUCGCCUUUUGAAGACGGUGAAGGUGGAUGUGGAUUCUUCGGGCAAGAAAUGCAAAGAGAGGAUGAUGAAGGUUCUCCUCGAAAGCCCUUUGUCUCCCUCCUGCGGACAUAGCCUCCAGGGUUUCGUAGUGAAGAACUACGAUUCGUUACCAGAGCUGGCCGCAGCCUUCCAGGAAAUCAACAUGACUGAGCUUUACCAGCAGAUACGGCCAUCAUUACGUGACUGACAGCAGACAGGGUACCAUGGUGACCCCGGUGACCUAACCUGAACUGAAAAGAUCCUUGACAAGAUUCAAAGAAGUAGGAACAGGCGCACACAGGAAGAGCUGGCUACCCAGAAUUCCCAGUAAAAUGUAAUGGCCGAUACACAACUCUUGAACUGUGUAGCUUUGGCUCAACAGCAGACACAAAGAGGCCGAUGGUCGUGUCACAGAAUAAACAUGGAUUCACUACCACUGAUGUGUAUUCUGAAGCUUGAUUUAAUCAUCAUUGAUAAACUGAUUGGUUUGUUAAUAAUAAAUCCAUAUGAACACCAUUUGGGCCAGAUCUAUAAGGUGAAUAUCUUUUUGUUGUUGUUGGUCUAAACUAGACCAAUAUAUCGGCGGUCCAAUAUUAGGCAUUUCCCGAUAUAUUGGUAUCGGUA